CUUAGGUGAGAAUGGAACAUUCCCUGUCCAAACCAGACAAAAUGGCCAAGUCGAGGCUGUUUCGAAUUUUCCUAAUUCUGGGUUCUGUCUUCAUGAUUCUGCUAAUCAUUAUCUACUGGGAUGAUGUUGGAGCCACCCAUUUCUACCUGCAAACAACCAUCUCUGGCCUUUAUUCUUCACACCUUCCCCCAGAGAGACACGCUGCUUCAAAACAGAAACUGGAGGACGACAAGGAUGGCUCAUUCCUGUCUGAUAUUGAUGCUUUUGUUAACCAGUUUUUGGAAGGCACGUCUGAUCCUACUGAGCAGGUAAGAGUAGAAACUCCAACUGGAGAGACUCACAACCAGACCUCAGAUAAACCUGAGGAAAGAUUUGUCCCCAGACGUGAGUGGAAGAUUCACCUUUCUCCAAUAGCUGUAGAAAAGAAACAAAGACAGGAUAACAGGAAGCAUAUGAUCCGUGAUCUCUGCAGCAGCAACAGCAGCUUGGACUUUCCGGGAAAGAACAGGACGUUUGAUGACAUCCCUAACAAAGAGUUGGACCAUUUAAUUGUGGAUGACCGCCAUGGGAUUGUCUACUGCUAUGUUCCCAAGGUGGCUUGCACCAACUGGAAGCGCAUCAUGAUCGUCCUGAGCGAGAGCUUGUUGAUAAACGGUGCACCCUACCAGGAUCCUUUGGACAUCCCUGUCGAACUCAUCCACAACAGCAGCGUGCACUUUACGUUCAACAAGUUCUGGAAGCGUUAUGGAAAGUUCUCCCGUCACUUAAUGAAAAUCAAGCUGAAAAAGUAUACCAAGUUCUUGUUCAUCCGCGACCCUUUUGUUCGACUCAUCUCAGCCUACAGGAACAAGUUUGAGCUGGAGAACGAGGACUUCUACAGGAGAUUCGCUGUCGUCAUGCUGAAGAGAUACGGCAACUACUCUGACCCACCAGCAUCCGUGGUGGACGCUUUUGCGGCCGGAAUUCGACCAACGUUUUCAAACUUUAUUCAGUACUUGUUGGAUCCGAACACUGAGAAAGAAAUGCCUUUUAACGAGCACUGGAGACAGAUGCACCGUCUGUGCCACCCUUGCCAGAUCAAUUAUGACUUUGUGGGAAAGCUGGAGACUCUGGAUGAGGACGCUGAGCAUUUGUUGAGGAUCCUGCGUGUGGACAAUAUUGUUGAGUUUCCACCGAGUCACCAUAACAGGACAGUCAGCAGCUGGGAGCAGGAUUGGUUUGCCAGUAUUCCCUUCGAAUCACGAAAACAGCUGUACCAGCUGUAUGAGCCGGACUUCAGACUCUUUGGGUAUCCUAAACCGGAGAAGCUGUUACAUGAGUAAAAGUGUUUUUUAAAAGUUUUAUUUAGUGAUCAGUGAACAACUGGGCAUUGGGAAAAAAUGGAUUAAUAUUACUUUAGCUUUUUAAAAGCAGUUUUAUUCCCCAAUUUUUGGUCAGACAACAUCAAUUU